AUACAAUAAAGAAAAGAAAAUAGCAAUGCACGCAUUACAUAACACUAUUCUCUCUCUUUCUCUGCUACUUGAAGUUCUAAGUUCUAACUAACAGUGACUCAACUGAAAGCUCCAUUGAGUUCGUUGGAAGCCAUGGAUUGUGUGCGUGGCUUGCAGUGCCACUCUUCUACUUCUCCCUUCAGAUUCACACAUCCAUCUUCCUCUUCCUCUUCCUCCUCCUUCUUUUUCCUUCCUCCGCCUCUCACUCGCCGUCUCCGAUUCCGUUCCACCCACACUCUUCCCCUUCUCACUCUCUCCGUUCUCUCCUCUACUCAAACUAGGGAAGAGCACACGACGAAGAAGAAGAAGGCGAAGGCUAAAGACAAAGUCCAGCUUCACGUUCAGUUAGAUCACCAAGUUGAAUUCGGCGAUCACGUCGCGAUUCUAGGAUCAACCAAAGAGCUUGGAUCUUGGAAGAACAAUGUUCCCAUGAACUGGACGGAAAAUGGAUGGGUCUGCGACCUCAACCUCGACCUCAAAGCCGGUCAAGAAGACGAAAACGCCCUCCAGUUUAAGUUCGUUAUUGUGAAGAACGACAACACUCUUGUUUGGGAAGAUGGAGAUAACAGAGUGUUGAAACUCCCCACCAAGCCAGGCAAUUUUGCCACCCUUGCCACAUGGAACGCUACCGAUGAGAAUAUGGAGCUCAUGCCUUUGGAAUUGGACGAAGACCAUGGCGGCGGCGAUGAUGAUGCGUCCGCCGCUGAGGAUCAGGGUAAUGGAGCUUCUCCUGUCUUGGAAGCGGAUUCCGAGACCAGUUCUUUUGUGGGACAGUGGCAGGGUAAAUCCAUUUCUUUUAUGCGAUCCAACGAGCAUGAAUCCCAUGAAACUCAACGGAAAUGGGACACUUCUGGUCUUCAAGGCUUGGCUCUCCGAUUGGUUGAAGGUGAUCAAAGUGCCAGGAACUGGUGGAGAAAGCUUGAUAUCGUUCGCGAUAUUAUAGAUGGAAGUCUGCAGGGAGAAGAUUCACUGAAUGCUCUCAUAUACUCUGCCAUCUAUCUCAAGUGGAUAAACACAGGGCAGAUUCCUUGUUUUGAAGAUGGAGGUCACCAUCGCCCAAAUAGGCAUGCUGAGAUUUCAAGGCUUAUAUUUCGUGAAUUAGAGCGGCAUACAAGCCGGAAGGAUAUAUCACCACAGGAAGUUCUUGUCAUCCGUAAGAUUCAUCCAUGUUUGCCAUCUUUCAAGGCUGAAUUCACUGCAUCUGUUCCUCUGACUCGAAUUAGAGAUAUUGCUCACCGGAAUGACAUCCCACAUGACCUCAAGUUACAAAUUAAGCACACUAUACAAAACAAGCUUCACCGAAAUGCUGGUCCUGAAGAUUUGGUUGCAACAGAAGCUAUGCUUGUUAAAAUCACAAAGAACCCAGGAGAAUAUAGUCAAGCAUUUGUGGAGCAAUUCAAGAUCUUUCAUCAAGAACUCAAAGACUUCUUUAAUGCUGGCAGUCUUGCUGAACAGCUAGAAUCAAUUCGUGAAUCUAUGGAUGAGCAUGCCAUUUCAGCACUUAACUCGUUCUUGGAGUGCAAAAAGGAUUUGGAUGCUGCAUUAGAAUCAACUUCUGAUUCAGAAGAAAAAGGAAUUAAACUUCUAUUUAAAACCAUGGAAUCUUUGAAUGCUUUGAGAGAAAUUAUUGUAAAGGGUCUCGAAAGUGGUCUCAGGAAUGAUGCUCCAGAUUCAGCAAUAGCUAUGCGGCAAAAGUGGCGCUUAUGUGAGAUUGGCCUUGAGGAUUACUCGUUUGUUCUUUUGAGCAGAUAUCUCAAUGUGCUUGAAGUUCUGGGGGGUGCUCGUUGGAUGGCUGCAAAUGUGCAGUCAAAAAAUGUAGCUUCAUGGAAUGAUCCUCUUGGAGCCCUUACUAUUGGAGUCCACCAGCUGAAAUUGUCUAAUUGGAAACCAGAAGAAUGUGGUGCUAUCGAAAAUGAGCUCAGUGCCUGGAGUAAACAAGGCCUUUCUGAUUUGGAAGGGAAUGAAGAUGGCAAGACUAUUUGGACAUUGAGACUGAAAGCUACUCUUGAUAGAACAAAAAGGCUAACUGAUGAAUAUACUGAAGAACUUCUUAAGAUAUUCCCCCAAAAAGUCGAGAUGCUAGGAAAAGCUCUAGGAAUUCCUGAAAACAAUGUCCGAACAUAUACAGAAGCUGAAAUUCGUGCUGGUAUGAUAUUUCAGGUUUCGAAAUUAUGCACUCUUCUUCUAAAAGCUGUUAGAAGUAGUCUUGGUUCUCAAGGUUGGGAUGUUCUUGUUCCAGGAGCUGUUUCAGGAACAUUGGUUCAGGUUGAAAGGAUUGUUCCGGGAUCACUACCAUCACCAACAGAAGGACCUAUUAUCCUUCUUGUUAACAAAGCUGAUGGUGAUGAAGAGGUUACUGCUGCUGGGAAGAACAUAGUGGGAGUCAUACUUCAGCAAGAGCUACCUCACUUAUCUCAUCUUGGUGUUAGGGCGCGGCAGGAAAAGGUUGUAUUUGUCACUUGUGAAGAUGAAGAAGAAGUUGCUAAUAUAAAAAGUCUUGUCGGGUCACCUGUGAGGCUGGAAGCAUCUCCCACGGGUGUGAAUCUGAAGCUGUCCUCUUUAGUUGAUUCUGAUGACAAAUAUUCAGUUAAAACUUCUGAUGACAGUUUCUCUGGAGUUGACAUUUCAUCUUUCUCUGCUGGUAGAAUCUCCAAUUAUAUUCAGGGUGCUUCUUCCGGAGGAGUUAUCUUGCUUCCUGAUGCAGAAACAGAGACUUCUGGUGCAAAGGCAGCUGCAUGUGGUCGUUUGUCUUCAUUGUCCUCUAUUUCUGAUAAAGUUUACAGUGAUCAGGGAGUGCCGGCUUCUUUUCGAGUUCCUGCUGGGGCAGUUUUACCAUUUGGAUCCAUGGAAUUGGAGCUAGAGAAUAGUAACUGCACUGAAACAUUUAGGUCGUUGUUGGAAAAGAUAGAAACUGCAAAACUAGAGGGUGGUGAGCUUGAUGAGCUAUGCCAUCAAUUGCAGCAAUUGAUUUCUUCCUUGAAGCCAUCAAAAGAUGUGAUUGAAAGCAUUGAGAGAAUGUUUCCAAGCAAUGCACGAUUGAUUGUUCGUUCCAGCGCCAACGUUGAAGACUUGGCUGGAAUGUCAGCUGCUGGACUCUACGAAUCAAUACCCAAUGUUAGUCCUUCCAAUCCAACAGUUUUUGGAUCUGCAGUUAGCCAAGUGUGGGCUUCGCUAUACACACGGCGGGCAGUUUUGAGUCGCCGUGCUGCUGGUGUGCCGCAGAAGGAAGCUUCCAUGGCAGUUUUAGUCCAAGAAAUGCUUUCGCCAGAUCUAUCAUUUGUACUACACACUGUCAGCCCAACAGAGCAGGAUAAUAAUGUUGUGGCGGCCGAGAUUGCUUCUGGCCUUGGUGAAACUCUGGCUUCUGGUACCAGGGGUACUCCAUGGCGUAUAUCAACAGGUAAAUUCAACGGUCAAGUGCAAACGCUGGCUUUUGCAAACUUUAGUGAGGAAUUGCUGGUACGUGGAGCAGGACCUGCGGAUGGAGAGGUUAUCCGUUUGACUGUGGAUUACAGCAAGAAACCGCUGACUGUUGAUCCAGUUUUCCGUAGACAACUCGGUCAACGCCUUUGUUCGGUGGGGUUUUUCCUUGAGAGGAAAUUUGGUUGCCCACAGGAUGUGGAGGGAUGUCUUGUUGGAAAAGACAUCUUCAUUGUACAGACAAGGCCUCAGCCGCAGUAGAGAGAUACUCAUCAUUAUUAUGUAUUCCAAGUAAAGGAAGCACAUACUUGUGUUAUAAGGCACUAUCACUGUUGAACAUGUCGUGUCUGUGUUAACCAUUUUGUGGCUUAGUUCCUUUCUGUUGAGAUCAGCCCUCAUGGUUAGCCUAGUGUACUUUGUAGCUUUUAUGUAACUACUUUUUGUUUAGAAAGGUUACAAACAAAUAAUGUUAUAGACAUACAAAAUAUGAGUUGCAAAUUCAGCGAA